AAGUUGUUUUAUAGUGAUCCCGAGACACAUCCGUACACAACAGUAAACAAACUCCGCCUCAGUCAAUGAACAACUCUACCAUUGUGUCAAGUCUUGUUAGAUUGAAGGCAUACAUGGUGGAUAUGUUCGAAGGUUGAUGGGAGAAAACCACUACAUGACCGUGGUCAAAUAGGAAAUCUUAAACUCUCUUCUCAUAGGAAGAAAUGCCAAAAGUUUGAAAAAGAUGAAUAGAACUGCUAGAACAUAAUUCGUAGUGUGUCACACUUUCAACUACGGUACUGUAUACAGUGAUUUAGAGAGAAACCGGCUCAUAUUGACAACUACAGGACUACACCAAGAUGUCUCGACCAGGAUAUUUGUCAGCCUUCGGAGGUCCUGGAAGUAUGAACUCAAUAUCAUCUGAUUUCUGGUUAGCCAGUCACUUUCCUGGAAUGCAAAUCAAUGGACGUAUGUCAGCUGUGCGCCGAUUCUUCUGCCUUUUUGUGACGUUUGAUUUCCUCUUCACAAGCCUUUUUUGGGCUAUUUGUGUAUUGAUUGAAAAUGAAGGGCAGUAUGCAGCACUUAUAAAAGAGAUCAUACAUUAUAAUAUAAGAUUAUCUAUAUUUGACAUAGUGAUGGCUGCUGCAUCAAGAUUUGUCAUUCUUCUACUUUUCUAUGCAUUGCUACACAUCAAUCACUGGUGGAUGGUUGCCAUAACCACUGCAGGAAGCUGUGCAUUUUUCAUCUGCAAGAGUUUAUUAUACAAGUGGAACAAAAACACAAGUUAUCCAUUUGAAGUGACGCUAGUUCUUCUUUCAUUCUUCAUCGCCUGGAUUGAAGCUUGGUUUGUAGACUUCCGUGUGUUACCACAGGAAGCCAGAGCCAGGUCAGUUCUUGAAGCUGCCAGUAAUUGUGAUCAACUAGAGAAUGCUCCGUUAUUACCUCAUUUGGAAAGAGUUCGAGACUACUUGAGUAAUUAUACUGAAACUGUGGGAGAUUUUUACUCUCCUAUGGAAUCGCCUCUUGGGUCAGAUGAGGAAGACGAAGACUUUGCAGAGAGCAGCCACAGAAAGUUAACUCCUCAAGAGCAAGAAAUACAGGACAGUGGCUAUGAAGCAAUGCAAAAGGCAUGGGAGACAAUCCAUUCCUCUGGUUGGAAAUUAGAAAAAGAGAGUUCCCAUGGUGACACAAUUUACUCCAAAGUUAGCUCCAAAGGCUCCAAAAUAUAUAAACUCAUGGGAGUGAUUGAUAUUGAUGCCACCCUGUUAUUCAAUGAGCUAAUUUACAACUUUGAAAAUAUUCCAAGUUGGAACAAAGCAAUUACCUUGGGCAAAAUUGUACAGACUAUAGACAGUUGCACUGAUGUGGUGUACCAGAUAGCAGCAGAAGGUCCUGGAGGUGUGGUUGCUGCCAGAGAUUUCGUCACUGUGCGUCACUGGAAACAGAUUAAUGACAGCUGGGUGUGUGCAGUUCUCUCUAUAGAAUACAAGGAUGCGCCUCUGCAGAAGAAUUUAGUCCGUGGAGAAAAUGGCCCUGGGUGUUGGGUAUUGAGACCAGCUGAUGAGACACCAAAGAAAUGUUCUUUCCAAUGGCUGUUGGACACAGAUCUCAAAGGAUGGAUUCCUCAGUAUGUUCUUGAUCAGGCACUAACCUAUGCCAUGACUGACUUCAUGAGUUGCCUUCGAAGUUACACUCCAGCUUUCAAAGCAAAGCAUUUGCAAAAGCGGGGAGGUAGAUAACUCUUGUCAUUAGAGAUUAAGUAAUGUAAUAUUAGAUAUUCAAUUAUCUUUACAGUUCAGAAGACACAGUGACAAAUCUUAUAUUUCUUUAAUGUUUAAGCCUUUAUUUCUGUCUGUAAGAAUUCUUAUGAUGUGAUUAUGACAUAACAUUGUGAUACUUGUAGUCUUAUUAUUAUUAUUGUUAUGGUUAUAUCUCACUAUGCCCUGUAUUCAUUUUCAUGCCACGUUGUAAAUAUAAUAUUUUUAGAGCAUAAAGAAAGGCGACUAAAUUAUGCUUUCAAAAGUAACAUCAGGUGAAAUGUUGAUCUUGAGAAUUACAAUAAUAAGAAUAUUUUUAGUACCUAUUUAAGCAAUGUAAAUUCCACCCAAUCCAUCAAAUUUUUCACAUUCAAUUAAGAAAUGUAAAUUGACAAAUAUGCUCUUGUUUUUUUUGCAAUUUAAGAAAAUUCUUAAGGUAAACAGAUAUUUGUUAAAACAUUAUAUCAGAAUUGUAUCUCUGUAGACUUUACUGAUAAGUAAUUUAAACUGGGUAUUUAAAUACAGGGGGUCCCGGAGUUAUGGACAGGUUCCGUUCCUGAGUUCUUAAGUUAAAAAUGUACCCAAGUUGAAACACAUGUUAUGUACACACUGUAUGUACUUACAGAACAGUGUUUAAAAUCCCACUAUAUCAUAACUUAAGUUCUUAUAUAUACAUCUAAAAUCACUUAAUUUAAGAGAAAAAAAGAAUUAGAAUAACAAAAUACUCUAAAUUAAAGUAAAAAAUAAGUCAUCAGGUAAAUAAAGUACUGUAAAUUUAAAGUUUAACCUCAUUUGUAUCAGCAGGCGUUCGUAAGUUGGACGUUCGUAAAUUGGAGACCCCCUGUAGUAAAUAAUAGGGCAAGCUGAAAGCACAGAAUGUGAUGUCAUUUUCACCAAAGGUACAACUUGUUUACCAUUUGCUUAAACAACCUGUGGGGUCUAUACAGUACAGUACUCUACUCCCGUUGAUUGGGUGGGGUCUACUUUAUAUAUUUGUUUUAUCCUGACAAGUGCUCUCAAAAUUUAGAGAUUAUCUUGUUUGUUUAAAAGGAGUUUUGAAAAUGGUUAACUUUGACAGGGCAAACCCAACUUAAGGGAAUUAGUUUGAUUCUCAUUAAAUUUGGCUUCGAAAAAUACAGUAUUUUGGAUUCUGAUUUAGUCUGGUUAAGUGAGAAAGGAAAAAACCAUAAUAAAAGAGAUAUUUUGCUUUGCUCAGAUGUCUCUGCAAUAAUGCAUGUAAAAUUAUAGAUGACUCAGUUGGUAAUACUCUAUUGAAACUAUAAUUUUAUGUAUUUUUUUUAAUAACAGAAAACCUAUAUUUGUUAUAAUUUUUGAAUUCUUGAAAGUUGUGAGUGAGAAUGUGGGAGUUUCAAAUAUAAUUGACAGAUACAAGGAGGUACUGUAUGGUUAUUUUCAUUUUGAUACAAAUAUCAUGUACACCCAGCAUUGCCUUAUGAUCUUGUUUGCUCAUAGAUACUUUACUCAUAUGAUUUAAAAUGUUGCUAGAAAUGUAGAAGCAGAUGUUUAUUUAGAUUUAUCUCUUCUCUUCCAGCACAUUUUUGGAGUAGUUAUUUCUUGUGUAUUGAAUGUCUGAAUUGUAAGAGAAUGUGUUGUUUCUUUAUUUUACCAAUCCAUAUGUGACAGACAUAGGAACCUUACUGGCAGUCAAUUUAUACUGUUUGCAUCAGUACAGUAAUCCCUGGUUAUUUGCUCCUUAGAAUAAUUGUGGGGGCAUUAAAAUACAGUACAGUACUGUAUAGUACUGUAAUUUGAAAUAUCUUAUAUUCAGUAUGUUUGAAAAUUGCAGACAAUUACUGCCGUGUAAACAAAUGCACAUCACGCAGCCAGCUCCCCUCUCAUAUGGUCAAGGCAAUCAUUAUUUGCAGUAAUUUUUGUUGGAUACGUUUGUUUGGUGUGAUUGACUAAGGCCCCAAUGUGAAAAGUUAGUGAAAGUGAAGUGCAUGACACAAAAGUUAAAAGAGAAAAGAAAGUGAUGACAUUAAAGAAGAAAAUUGAGUUAUUACACAAGCUGGUAGAAUAAUUGCUGCUGCUGUUGGCAGAGAACAUGGUGUUAAUGAAUCAGCCGUGUUUCCGUAAUGUCUUGAGAGUAAAUGAGUCAGGAUAUGUGAUACAGCUGCAUGUCCAUGUGAUCAGCUGAUGAAUAUUAAAAAAAAAAUCUAUGAAACUUUAAGGUAAGUUUUAUGUAUAAAAUGCCUUUUAUUUUAUUUAUAUUCAUAUUAUUAUGCAUAAUUUCUGUACAUAAAUGCACCGCUUUUACUCACUGAUGUUGUGUUAGAGCAGUGUAAUACAGGGCCUGACAGCUUCUGCUAGAAGAUGAUAUGCCUGUUUGUGCUGUCAUUUAUUGAGGAUGGGAAAAAUUACAUUUUCAUCAGCUUAUGGACUGUCUUCAUUUGAUAUUUAUUUGUUAAACCUUUAAAAAAUUCUUGCCAUCAUUUAUUUUAUUUUCAAUUGCUUUCGUAAGAUCUCCAAAUGCUGAUCAUAUCUUGGUAGCCUUCUCAUCACUAGGGGCACUUUAAAUAUACUGUAGAAAAUUAUUGCACAUUGAUUUUGUUGCCUUUUAUUUGCACAUGGAGAUAUAGAUAGCAAGAAUAUUGUAAGGGUCACAACAUUUUAAGUAAGUGAAAAUUAUACAAAUGUAGAUACUGUAAUUACAAUACUUUAGUCCUUUAAAGGAUUAUAAUUUUGAAGUGAGAAUGUAUGGGAAUGCUAAAUUGUAUAGGUUCAAGAUUGUGGCUGGAGAAAUGAACGAUAAGUGAUUGAGACCUUCAUCAAGGAAUUGGUCCUGGAUUUUUAGCACCUUCUAUUUUAUGUAACUUCCUUUUCUUUGAAACAUCAUCUCUUACAAAAUACUUACCAUUUGAUGCUUUAUAUAACAUAUUGCUUUCAAUAGAGAACCCAGUAUAAAUCAAGAACAGGGAUAUCAGAUCACAGAGGUGAUGGUGGUGAGUAGAAUGUAAGGUUGUGUUUUAGUAAACUAAGAAUAAAGGAUUUAUGUGGAUGAAGCAUGUGCAGUAUUUUUAAAAAUGAGAUGGUAAUUUUUAAAUAAUGGAUAAACAAAAACUUAUUUUGCAUUAUUUUUGGGUUUUGAAAAGACUUGGAGAAGAACUCUUGAAUGUUUUGAGAAAAUAUAUACGUAUACAGUACAGUAUAUAUAAUGGUGGGGAGGAAUGAGGAAAACCUGGGGUAUUGAACAAAGAAGGUGAGGAGCAAUUCAGGAUGAACUAGGAAAUAUUUAUAUUUAAGGUUUGAGGAUAGUGUGAGAAGUAUGAAAUUGCUUCCUUUAUGUCCUAAUGCUGUUAAACAUUAAUACAUUAUUACACAUAAAAGUGUAAACUUGGAGUUGAAGAUGGGUCUACAAAUAAUUUUAUGCAACUAUAACAUAUUAUCCCAUUUGCUUUUCGUAAUAUAUAUGGAAUGUAUAAAAAAUGUCCAAACAUACAUUUGAAAUGUUUAAAUUCCACUGUUAUUCUGUAAUUGUAAAUUUCUUUUGGUUAACUGUUAAGUCAUUCCAUGAUUAUCCUGUACAGGGUAUAUUGCAGUGGCCAAUUUUAUGAUCUGACAAUGCUUUGACUGAAGCCAGUUACCCUCCCUCAUCCCUCCCCUGCGAGAACUCACUCCAUCUUGGUCUCCAAUUACCUAAUCUUUUCAAACCCACAUUAAAACAAUGAUUUUAUUCUGGUAUGUUUCUAGAGUAAAAUUUUCAUCUUAA